UUUCUAAUUUUUGACACGACACGCGAAAAAAGUGAAAAAAAAAAACUUGAGUCGGAAAAAGAUUAAUUAACAGGAGAAAUGAGUGAAAAUGUAAUCCCAAUUUCGAAGACUCCGAGUCAAGAGAAGGUGGCUUUUCUGCCAGGCAAGCUGGAUUGGAACGAAAAUGGAUGGGGACCUUGUGAAGUACCAGAAGCAUUUAAGGAUAUGCCAUACCAGCCAUUCAGUAAGAGUGAUCGUUUGGGAAAGGUUAGCGAUUGGGCUGGAACUGCACAGACUGAUAAAAAAUAUUCGAACAAAUAUCAAUCACAAUUUGGAUCCGGCGGCAGUCAAUAUUCAUAUUAUCAUGAUGAAGACGAAACUACUUUCCAUCUUGUUGAUUCAGCACGAAUCCAAAAGCCUCCUCAUCAACGCGGUCGCUUCCGUGGAAAUCAAAGAGGAAAUCGUGGAAAAUAUUCCAGCAAUCGUGGUGUACGCGGAGGCGUACAAGUUGGGAGUAUGACAUCAUUAGGAAAGAGCGUUAAGACACGAGAUCAACGUCGUGGAAAUACAAGAAAAUGGGGAAUGCGAGGACAUCCACAAAAGAUUCGUGAUGCAUCAGUUACUGUUCGUCCAGAUUGGGCUGCUAUUGAAGAUAUGGACUUUCCACGUUUGCAGAAAUUAUCAUUGCCUGGAAUUAAGGAAGGUGAUGAUAUUGCCUGUUAUGGUACUCUAGAAUACUACGAUAAAACAUACGAUCGUGUCAACAUUAAGAAUGAGCGUGCAUUGCAAGGAGUUGAUAGAAUAUUCCAUAAGGUUACAACAACUGAUGAUCCAGUCAUUAGAAAGUUAUCAAAGACGAGAGGAAAUGUUUAUGCUACGGAUUCAAUUUUAGCAACAAUUAUGUGCUGUACAAGAUCAAAUUAUAGCUGGGAUGUUGUUAUUGAGAAGUUUGGCGAUAAGCUGUUUAUGGAUAAACGUGACAAUACUGAAUUUGAUUUGUUGACUGUUAAUGAGACAGCUGUAGAGCCGCCAACAGACGAUGGAAAUAACUUGAACUCGCCAAGAAAUCUCGCAAUUGAAGCAACAUUCAUAAAUCACAAUUUCAGUCAGCAAGUAUUGAAAGGUGGAGCAACUGAACAGAAAUACAAGUUUGAUAACUCAAAUCCAUUCUUGGAUGAUGAAGAAGGUGAAGUUGCAUCUGUUGGAUAUAGAUAUCGUGCAUGGAACUUGAAUAAUGGAAUUGAAUUGAUUGCUAGAUGUGAACAUGAUGCAGUCAUGAUCUCUCCAACGGGCGAGACACAAUUUAUUACGAUUAAGGCACUAAAUGAAUGGGAUUCAAAGUUGGCUAAUGGAGUUGAUUGGCGUCAAAAGCUUGAUACACAACGCGGUGCCGUUCUUGCUAAUGAAUUAAGAAAUAAUGCUUGUAAAUUGGCAAAAUGGACUGUCCAAGCAUUAUUGGCUGGAUCUGAUCAAAUUAAAUUCGGCUAUGUUUCUCGUGCUCACGUCCGCGAUUCCUCCAAGCACGUCAUUUUAGGAACACAACAAUUUAAGCCACAUGAAUUUGCAACUCAAAUUAAUCUUAGUAUGGAUAAUGCUUGGGGUAUUUUGAGAUGCAUCGUUGACAUUUGCAUGAAACAAAAGGACGGCAAAUAUUUGAUCAUGAAAGAUCCAAAUAAGCCAGUCAUUCGACUCUAUGACAUCCCAGAUAAUACUUUUGAUUCCGAUGAGAGUGAUGAUAGCAGCGAAGAAACUCCAUUCAAACCUUUAUAUAAUUAUCAAGCAGGAACAACUGGAAGUAACGCAAAAGAAUCCAAGAAGUAAAGUAAGUUGAUUUGAACGGUUUUUGUAGAAUUUGAAUUUUUAACGGUUUUGUAAAAUUUGAAAAUUCAACUGUUUUUUUAAAUUAUAAACUACCGUUAAAAAUCAUCUUACAAUUUUGGGAUUUAAAGGAUUUAAAGUAAAAAUCGAACUAAAUUUCUAGUUUAAGCAUAAUUAAUGAUAUAUAAAAAAAUUUCACCACUUUUAUAUUAAACUUAUUAUUGGAUACAUAAAUAAAGUAAUGUUGCAGAAAUAUGUUGGUGGCUUGAUAUCUUUGACAUCGUAUUUAUCACCACUAAACAGCAGAUCUUAGCUUUUUGACUUGAUAAUAAACAGUUCCUUAUUGUUACUUGUCAUUUCACUUUUCAGGUAUGACACAAAUUCCUCUUCUUCUCCAAUUAAUUUUGGCUUAUCCAGUUUAGAAUCUAGAUUAUAAUACUUGUCAUUGACCUUCCUUAAUGAUAUCCAGUGCCUACUUUUGAUCAACGGUAUUGUGAUAAAGCCAAAUGUGUAGUCUGUAGGCAAGUUCAUGAUAUAUCCAUAAGAUUCAUCUAUUUGUAUCGAUUCCUUUGUAAUCUCACGUCUUUUAUCAUACCAUAUUACUGUUAAGUCUUUUGACUCUAGUGCCUUUAUGAUUGAAUUUAUAUCGUAGUUUCCAAUUCCGAGUACUGAUUUAUGUGGAUUAAUGUAAUUGCUUGAUAAUUCGCUGCAUAUCACAUCAAACUGCUGUUUUGUGAAUGAC